ACUAUUUUUAUAGUUAAAAAAAAACCAACAAAAUUGACCCACCAACUCUCUGAGUCGCAGCCAUAUGUAAGCCCAAAAUUCCAAAUCUGGUGCUGCCUUUCGGCGAAUCCUUCCUUUCAAUUUAUUUAUUUAUACCAUUUGAUCGUCUUCUUCAGUCUGGUAAGAAGGAUCCGGAAGAAAUAAAGAGCCACAGGGAAGACAAAGGCUGUGAGUGAGAGAGAAAGAAAAGAUGGCGGCUUCAAUCAAUGGAGUCGGAGGAGUUGGUUUUGGUGGCCUAACUUGUUCUACCAAAACAGCACUUCCUUCUUCACGAUCCUCUUCUUUCCGUGUUCAAAUGUCUGUUCCUGUUGAAGAUAAGAAGAGGAAUUAUACCCUUCAAAAGUCACAAGAAGCUUUCAAUGCUGCCCUGAAUUUGAUGCCUGGAGGUGUAAAUUCUCCUGUCCGUGCUUUUAAAUCUGUUGGUGGACAGCCUAUUUUCAUGGAUUCAGUUAAGGGUUCGCACAUGUGGGACAUAGACGGUAAUGAGUAUAUCGACUAUGUUGGCUCUUGGGGACCAGCUAUAAUUGGUCAUGCGGAUGACGAGGUGCUUGAAGCUCUGGCUGAAACAAUGAAGAAAGGAACCAGCUUUGGCAGUCCUUGUCUUCUUGAGAGUGUUUUGGCAGAGAUGGUAAUCUCAGCUGUUCCAAGCAUUGAAAUGGUUCGAUUUGUAAACUCUGGUACAGAAGCAUGCAUGGGUGUGCUCCGCCUUGCCCGCACCUUUACUGGCCGAGAAAAGAUAAUCAAAUUUGAAGGUUGUUACCAUGGCCAUGCUGAUCCAUUUCUUGUCAAGGCAGGUAGCGGAGUUGCUACCCUAGGGCUGCCUGACUCUCCUGGUGUUCCGAAAGCAACCACUUCUGGAACUCUAACUGCCCCUUACAAUGACAUAGCAGCUGUUGAAAGUCUCUUUAACAGUAACAAAGGUGAAAUAGCAGCAAUUAUUCUUGAACCUGCUGUUGGCAACUCUGGCUUCAUUACCCCUAAACCAGACUUCCUUGAAGCCAUACAUCACCUAACCAAGGAAAACGGUGCACUCCUCAUAUUUGACGAAGUGAUGACCGGAUUUCGCUUGUCUUAUGGUGGGGCACAGGAGUAUUUCGGCAUAACUCCUGAUUUAACAACAUUAGGGAAGGUAAUUGGUGGCGGGCUGCCUGUUGGUGCAUAUGGAGGCGGGAGGGAGAUUAUGGAGAUGGUGGCACCAGCAGGGCCAAUGUAUCAGGCUGGGACCUUGAGUGGGAACCCAUUGGCAAUGACAGCUGGGAUACAGACCCUUAAGCGGUUGAAAGCACCGGGAACAUAUGAAUACUUAGAUAGGAUCACUGGAGAACUUGUUCAAGGCAUUCUAAAUGCUGGAAAGAAGACAGGGCAUGCAAUUUGCGGAGGGCAUAUUAGAGGUAUGUUUGGGUUUUUCUUCACAGAAGGGCCUGUUCAAAACUUUGAUGAUGCAAAGAAGAGUGAUGCAGCAAAAUUUGUCAGGUUUUACCAAGGAAUGCUGCGUGAAGGUGUUUACUUUGCUCCUUCACAAUUAGAAGCUGGAUUUACAAGCUUGGCACAUUCUCCUGAAGACAUCCAGAAGACAGUUGCAGCUGCUGAGAACGUUCUUAGCAAGAUUUAAGGUAUCUAUUGCAGUGUCUUUGAUUACAUUUCCACAGUUUGAAGCUGGAUUUACAAGCUUGGCAAGUCGUAUGAGUACUUCUUAGUCCUGCCCUUUUGUUCUUCCUUUCGUCUUUGCAUGAUUGAGCUUUUUGCACGCGAGUUAAUGGUUCAUUAGAUAAAAGAUCUGUAGUCAUCUCUUGUUGCUCGGAAUCUGUAUUUUUACUGAUCAACCCAUUUGUAUGUUGGUAAUGUAUAAGAUCAUUUUAGGCUUUAAAAGCUUGUUUACAACAA